AUGAAGACCCAUCGGCGCAAAGUGACUAAGGCUUGCGAGAGAUGUCGUAAGCAAAAGCUCAAAUGUGAUAUCGAGCGCCCAUGCACCUUAUGCUCACGAGCAAAUGUUGAAUGCAUCAAAUCGGAAAGUUCAAGAUGGAGACCCUAUGAAAGUACGUCAAGGCAAGCAGCGACAACGGAAAAUUCAGUCAGAGGUCAAUCGGGAGUUACUGUUGGAUCUGUUAUCGAAUCAGCCUGGAACUCCAGUUCGACUGUGAAGCUAGUUGAAGAGGCAUUUCAGCAGCAUGAUGCUUCUUCACCUGAAGGUGUCGAAUUCUCGGCUCUACGAUCGGAGACUUGGGCUCGAUCAAAAGCCACUACCGAAGAUGUACCUGAUGAUAUUGUUCAGCCGCACAUCCCUGAGCGUUCCAGAGACAUCCAACUACAACGGAAUGACAUGAAGGCCGCGCCAUCCACCGCCGAGAAGGAACUCAUGUCUUUAUUACCCGAACUUGAGCCUGCGACUCUCUUAAUCGACAACUAUUUUGAUCGGAUCCACUGGUUCAUAUUAGUCUUUCACCAAGAUGAUUUCAGAAGAAAGUUCCAGGAUCUUUAUAAUAACAGCACCGUUUCUUCAGGUCCCAAUGCUCCAUCGACAGGUAAAGGCUUUCUAGCCGUUCUCUUGGCUGUUUUCGUGACCAGCUUGCAUCACAUCGGUACGCAAGAAAGCAAGCUAAAGUCCUACAAUGUUGAUCCGAGAGAAUUGGAGGAGAUGAUACUAGCCUCCCUCAAGUCGAGGUUCUUGGACGUUAUCUCAAAAGGCUCUCUUGAAGCGGUGCAAUUCUGUGUUUUGCUAGCAAGUUAUUACCUGUACCACGGUGAACCCGGUUUGGCUUGGCCACUAUCUGGGUCAGGGCUGCGAAUUGCUCAAGCACUCGACCUUCAUCGGAAAACGACACCUGAAGGUCAUAGUGGCCAAGCCCUGAAUGAGCAAAUACAAGAUCGGAAACGCGCCUGGUGGGCUGUCUACGAGAUCGAUACUUUCUGCUCAAUGCUUUAUGGAUUCCCCCUCGGCUUUUCGGACAGCGAUUGCAAUGUCGAGGCACUAGAUCCAUAUGAUGAAUACUCUAAAUCAACUAAAGAGUCACGCCAGGCGACAGGAUCCACGCUGUUGUUCUACAAAUUCUCCAUGUCAAAGUUGUCGGCUAUUGUGAAGUCCGCAUUAGUUGACCUGUACGGCACUAGUCAUGAUAACCGAAAAAGAACAAACAACCCAAAAGGGCUUUUCGACAAGGUGAGGGCUUUAAACGAGAGUCUCCAAGAUUGGUAUAGAAGCUUGGUCCCGAAGCUCAGAUUUGUUGGUCCUGACUCUUUGUCGGAAGGUCAGGUUUCGCAUGACCGUGAAAGAACUGGACGAGAAUUUGAAGAUCAUCUGUUCCGCCUACAAGCGCUGUCUCUCAAGCUGGCGUACGAAAAUGCGAGGAUCAUGAUCCACAGACCUCUUCUGUCAUUUAGAAUGGCCAGGUCGGCCCCCACAAAUACUACCACUUCGGAGACUGACCAAUUUCGGCUGGCGAGGCAAGAGUGUAGGGAGGCUGCACUGCAGAUAUCAAAUGUAGCUUCAACCCCGUAUCUCCUGGAGGCCUCUGAGACAUACGCCAUAGCUGUUGUGUCACUGCACCUCUUGACUGCGGGCGUGACACUCUGUAUCUCGAUGACCCUUGAUCCUUUGAUCCCCAGCUCGGCUGAGGCAAGAUCUGGGUUACGACAGCUAAUUCAGGUGCAGACUUUUCUCAAGGAUAAAUCGAUUGUUGCCGCACAGAGUCUGGAUAUCACGAAAAGAUUGAUGGGUCUUGUGAUGGCAAAAGCAGGCAACAAUACGCUAGAGGCUGAGAAUCUGCCUGGUGCAUAUCCAGAGCUCACUCAGAGAGACCGAAUGGAAAGUCAACGUACGGAUCUUACGGGAACAUCUUCCGGGCAAACGCCUAUGCCACCGCUAGCGGCUAUAAUGAACAACGGCAGCAUAACUGAUACACUCAGCAUGGACUUUGCAGAUCACGACAUGGAUAUAUACGCCAAGACUUCAUUGAAUGACACUCUCUUGGAAUAUGAGCAAGCGGCUAGUCGUGUAUUCGCUGGUGAUAUCACAUAUGAUCCAAGUGACUCGAUUCUGGACAAUCCGUUCUUGGAACAAAAUCAAGGCUGGAUAUGGAGUUGGAACUUUCUGGACUAG